AGAUAAGAAAUGUAUUACCUUAUGGUCUUGGAAUAAAGAGCAGUCAAUAUAGGCAAUACUGACGGUGGUUACGUUAUAAGUAAUAUCUCAGAAAGAAAACCAGGACUUACAAUGGUUUGUCCGUUGGUCGUCUUAAUGGCGGUGCUAUUGGCGUUUGUUAGUGGACACUCUCCGCCUAAUUCAGAUACCGGAUGUGACGUUGUAGUUCUCCGUCUAGAAAAUAUGGUGGCUGACCUUACAAAGCGCGUCGAUGACCUUGAAAAUCAAAGACUAGCAGACACCAUGUAUAUUUCAGGCGUUAUUCAAGAAAUGAAGGAGGUGAAAGACAAAAAUCGUCGCCUUGAAAGAAAACUAGAUCGUAUCCUCAAAAUGAAAUCUGACGGACGGACUAAAACCAUUGACUGGAGGAUUGACUCAACGAAAUAUGAGUCUCAAACCAACUUGCAGUCUGCGACAUUUGAGAAUCAGUCUGACACACGGGUACCAACUCUGGACCAAAAGGCUAACGGCAACACUUCGAUCGUCCUAGAUGAAAAUACCGAUAGCGACAGCAUUGCUGAGGAGAAAGAAGUAAAAACUGACGACACCAGUACAUCGAAAAACCAAGGUCGGAUCAGAAGGAACUCAUCGGCCCAUUCUACCAUCUUGGCUCCUCAUCAAAUGAACCGUGUCGGACAACAAAAACCCACCGCCUUCUUCACAACGUUAGGCCAUACAUUAAAUGACGUUGCUAGGGAACAGGUGAUUAUCUUUGAAAGCAUAAUCGUAAACAAUGGCGGCCAUUAUGACGAGCACACCGGUGUGUUUACUUGUGAUACGGAGGGAACCUAUGUGUUUUCUUGGACGAUAUACACGAUCAAUGGCGGUUAUAUACACAGUGACCUGGUGAAGAACGGGAAUGUUUUCGCAUCUUCACUUGCGGGAGAUCAAAACUUCAAUGAAGCAUCGAGCACCACUGCUGUUGUAAACCUCAUUCCUGGUGAUAAAGUUUGGACGAGGAUAACAGCAAGUUCAGCUGGAGCAGAUGUCUUGGCCUCUAAAUCAUCUCUUUGUGGUUUCAAGAUAUGAUAUCAUGUAAGAUCAUUCGUAUAUUCUUAGAUCAUAUAAAAAAAUAUGCCACCUU